AUGGUCAAACCAGAGGUCGCAGAGCAGGAGAUGGUUCCUAUUCUCGCCCUGGCUCCCCUCCUCCUGGACGAGAGUUGGCUUUUCCCGACAACUCAGGACAUUCAAAGGGAAAGUGGCCUUACACUCCUACAGCGACUCCUGGAGGACAGGAGGUCCAGUAUAGAGACCAUGAUGCAGGAAGGCCCACACCUGGCAGAUGGGCUUCAGGGAGAGGACAGUGAAAAGGCCAAACUCAAGCUUGCACAACUCAAACUUAUGUGGGAGGCUCUAGUUCAGGGCGCCAAUAGCAGGCACAAAAUUCUGGAGGUCAUUCUGCCAAGAACCCAGUUAUUCCAGGAGAGGACAGACAGUCUCCAGCAAUGGCUCAUGUCUGUGGAUCAGGACCUAGCUGAGCUCCGUUCUGCAGAGAGAGGGAUGAUCCAUCUGCAAGAAGCCACCGGACAGGCCAAGGCAGUCCUGGAAGCGAUGAAAGCUAAGAGCAUCGACUUGGGGAAGGUACAAAAAUGUGCUCAUGAGCUCAUGAAAAACAUUUCAGAGGAGGAAACCCAGCUAGUACAGGAGCGAGUAGACAGUCUGCGGAUCCGGUACUCUGUGUUGAGUCUGGGCAGUGCUGAUGUCCUGCAGAGGCUCCAACAGGCUCUCGAGGCUUCCAGUCGAUGUACCUCCAGUCAGGAGGACCUGCACCUGUGGCUGGGUCGCAUUGAGAGAGAACUGCUGGUGCCUGGUAUCCAGGGCCAGACUGGGGACGCAGUCUUGUUUUCUGCUGAGAGACAGAAGGAGACGGUCCAACAUCCAUACGCCUACACGGACAUGAUGGUGGGAAUGAACAAGGACACCAAUCUUUCUGAGGCGGUGCUAAACUCGUGUCCGUCACCUUAUGCGGCUCACUGGUGGGACAUUGCGAAGAUACUGAAUUUGGAACAAGCUGUUGAGAAGGAGUCGGCUUGGUUCAGAGACACCUCACUGGCACUGAAGCAGCUCACAGCCAUUGAUCUAGACCCAGAGGUCAUUGCAACCCAACUCAAUGAGCAGAAAAUACUUGCUGUAGAGAUUCUGCAGCACAAAUUUAACAUUGAGAAAAUGGUGAAGAUUAUGGAACUCCUGCAGGUGUACAGUGAGGAUGGGGAGACCUUGAGUCUGCAGUCAUGCCUAGAUACCUUACAGGAGCAGUUUCAGGUCACUACUGCCACUAAUUCACAUGUCGUGCUUCAACUGGAACAUGCUCAGUCGCUCUUGUCUCAAUUCUCAGAGGGCUAUGCUGAGGUGUUACCAUGGUUACAGGAAACCAAAACCCUUAUUAGCCAGUUUACCCUGAACACCAUCAGCUACGAGGCUUUCCGAGAACAACAGGACCUCUUACAGGGCAUCAGGGAGUCCAUAGCAGAGCAUAAGCCUCUGAUAGCACAACUGAGCAUGCUGGCCAAGCGUCUGUCAGACCUGAAUGCAGCUCAGGGACAAGAGUUCUGCCAGAAAGCCAAAGACACUGAGGAGCAGCACCUGACCAUCAGAGACAAGGUUCGAGAGGCUGCCGGGGUACUGGAGGAGUCUGUGCCCCGCUACACACAGCUGAAUGAGAGGAUGACUCUGAUUGGAGAGAGAUUGGAUCGUCUGUGCAGUCACCUGCAGGCCUCAGUAGCUCUGCAGGGCUUGACCCCACGAAUUCAGGAGCAGCUGCAGGAUAACAGGCACACACUGACUGAGCUCUCCAAACUGGAUCUGGACCUCAGCAGUGUAAGGACACAAGCUCAGGAGUUGCUGACCAACACACGGGCAGUUGGGAACAGUUCCAUUGGCACAGCCUUUCAGGAGCAGGUGUUCACUCUAUCAAGCCGCUGGAAGGAGGCUCAGAAACAAGCUCAGGAGAAGGAGAACUGGCUUCUCAAUGUCAUGGAUCUGGCAGUCAGGUUCUGGAAUGAUGUGAAUGACGUUACAGCUGGGCUGAAUGAUGCCCAGCAGGCCGUUCUGGAUCUCAACUCCAAUCGUUCCGAUUCUGAGACCAUCCGACAGAGCCUAGAGACCAUGCAGACACUCAGGGAGGACAUUGACUCGCUGCAAGGUGACCUGGACAUAUUAGGAAUUCUGGGAAUGGAACUCAUGUCAGCUUGUGGUGACACAGACAAACCGGAUGUGACCAAAAGUUUAGAUGAGCUCUACUGCACGUGGAACAAUCUAAGUAAGAUCUGGACAGAGUGCAACAGCAAGUUAAAGGAAUGUUUACAAAUGGCUCUCCAGUAUCAGGACAACAUGCAGGGUCUCUUUGAGUGGCUGAAAUCUGCAGAGUUGAAAUCCACUGAGGAGUUUUCAGUGAGCUCUGACCUGGGAUCAGUCAAAGAGCAGCUAUAUGACCUGAAGGAAUUUAAACGGGAGCUUUAUCAGAAGAAGAUUGAGAUCGAAAUUCUAAACCAUCGCUUCGUGUGUCGUCUUUCUCCUGGCACCGAACGGCCUGGAUCCAUCUCUCCACUGUGUGACUUCCGUCAGCGAUGGGACAGCCUGGAGUCAGAGACCGUCAGCAGACAGCACCAACUGGAGUGUGCACUGCUAGGACUGGGUCAGUUCCAGAACACACUAGAUGAGUUGCACACCUGGCUCUCCCACACAGCUGACCUACUGAAGGCCUCUCAGCCAAUCAGCAUAGACCUGCAGACCUGUGAGAUAGAGCUAGCCAAACACAAGGUUCUCCGUAAUGAUGUGAUGUCCCAUGUGCACACGGUGGACACUCUGAACCAGGCCGGCAGAAGUCUGUUGGAGUCUGGGGCAGGAGACAGCUCACAUGUCCUACAGACUCGUCUGGAACAGCUGAAUGAACGAUGGGAAUUUGUCCGCUGUGAGACAGAGCGCAGACAGCUGGAGCUGGAAAAUAACCUUAGUCAGGUUCAAGAUGUAACCAUGGAGAUCCAAGAUCUCCUGCAGUGGCUGGAACACACAGACCUGAGGCUGUCGUCCAGUAAGACGGUGUGGGGUAUGCCGGACUCUGCCAACGAGAGACUGAAUGCUCAUUUGGAGUUGUGUAAUGAGAUGGAUUCUAAAAUGUACGCCUAUGCAAAUGUAUGCAACGCCAUCCACAGGAUGCUUGAGGGCAGUGAUGUGGCCCGGGGCUCCAGCACUGAGCACAGCUUAUGCAUACUGGAGCAGAAAUGGAGCUCAGUCUAUGCCCAAAUGCAAGAGCGAAAGGCAAAGCUGACAGAGGGACUUGGUCUUGCAAAAGAGUUUAACAGGAAUGUCCAAGACAUGCUGACCAAAAUGGCCAAGUGUGAGGAGACCAUAAACACUUUACCUGCACCCAGCUUCAUCCUGGACACUAUUUCCUCACAGCUCCAGGAGCACAGAAUGCUUGUGAGUGAGGUGCAGUCUUACAGCGAGAGGAAGACGAGUAUGGAGAAUGCUGCCACCUGUCUGUCUGAACUCUGCAGGAAGGAAGACUGUGAUGUAGUGCAGAACCUGAUCAUGACCGUUCAGGACCGAUACAGAAAACUCCUCCAACAUACCACAGAGAGAGGAAAAACACUGGAGGAUGUCAAAAGACAUUCCAAACAGUUCAGUGAAUCGUGGCAUCUACUGGUGGACUGGAUGACAGAGGUAGAACAGACAUUGGAUACACACAAAGAGAUCGCUGUGUCACAGGAAGAGAUAAAAAAACAGCUCGCUGAACAAAAGCAGUUCCAGAAGCUUCUCCGUUCAAAGAGGCCCAUGUAUGAGGCCUGUCUCAAGAGUGGCCGUUCACUGCUUGAGAAAGCUCAGAGUCCUGAGGACACACAACACCUGGAGAGCAUGGUGUCUGAGCUCAGAGACUCAUGGGACACCAUCAGUGGCAAAUCCAGUGAGAGGCAACAUAAGCUGGAAGAGGCCCUGUUGUUUUCAGGCAGGUUCGCUGAUGCUCUACAGGCUCUGAAUGAUUGGCUGUACAGAGCAGAGCCACAGCUUGCUGAUGAUGUGCCUGUGUGUGGUGAAAAAGACCUGGUCAACAAUCUCAUUGACAAGCACAAGGUGUUCCAGCGUGAGCUUGGAAAGCGUGCUAGCUGUAUCCGCACUCUGAAACGGUCCGUCAGGGAUCUGACACGGAGCAGCACAGCAGAUGCACACUGGCUGCAGGAGCAAAUGGAAGAGUUGGAGGGCCGCUGGGAGGCUGUGUGUAAACUAUCUGUGUCUAAACAGGCACGACUAGAGGCAGCACUUCAACAGGCGGAAGAGUUUGACGGAAUGAUUCACUCAUUCCUGGAUCAUCUUGCAGAUGUUGAGAGGGUUCUAAAAUAUGGAGUGCUACCUGAGGAAGAGGAAGCCCUUCUGGCAUUUCGUACACGUCAUCAGGAGUCAAGGAGUUCCUUGAACGGUCAGCAGAUGAUGCUGGAGAACAUUAGUAAACUGGGGGAAGAGAUACUGUCCUCGUGUCACCCUGACACGAUCAUCACCAUCAAAUCAUGGAUCAGCAUCUCAAAGACUCGCUAUGAAGAGGUCCAGAUGUGGGCGAAGCAGCAGGCCGAGAGGAUCCAUAGCAUGCUGUCUGCUCUAGAAGCAGAGAGAAAGGAAGUACAGAAACUACUAGACUGGAUAUCCUCCUCUGAAGAGUCUCUCAGUCUAAAAGAACAGGAAACAUUACCUGAAGACAUAGAGCUGACUGCAGAGCUCAUUACUCAACACUUGGUGUUUAUGGAUGAGAUGAAAGGGAAGGUUCCAGAGGUUGAGAAUGCCACAAAAUCCUGUAAACACAAGCUGGUUCCUAAGCAGCAGGUUUCUCCUAGUCGCAAGGGACCAACAAAAAGGAGAGACAUUGUGAAGCCCCAGUCGUCAGUACCUCUUCCUCUGGAGAAGUUGGACCCUCAAACUCCUCUUAUGUGUCAGCUGGUCAGUCAUUGGCAGAAACUCUGGCUCCUGGCCCACAGCAGACAGUGCAAACUGGAGGAAAAUCUGCAGAAGCUGAAAGAGUUGGAAGAGUUUGCAAACUUUGACUUCAACAUCUGGCGGAAAAGGUACAUGCAGUGGAUCAGUCACCUCAAAUCCCGGAUUUUGGAUGUUUUCCGUACCAUUGAUCGAGAUCAGGAUGGCCGAAUCAGCCACAAGGAGUUCAUCGACAAUGUUCUGGCCUCUAAAUUCCCCACCAACUCCCUGGAAAUGACUGCAGUUGCUAACAUAUUUGAUGUUAACGGUGACGGCUACAUUGACUACUAUGAAUUUGUGAGUGCCCUCCACCCAAGCCGAGACCCUUACAGAAAGACGAUAGAUGCAGACCAAAUCAAUGACGAGGUGAGUCGGCAGGUAUCUCAGUGCAACUGUCCAAAGAGAUUUCAAGUAGAGCAAAUUAGUGCAAACCGCUACAGGUUUGGAGACUCUCGGCAGCUGCGAAUGGUUCGUAUUCUACGAAGCACUCUGAUGGUGCGAGUUGGUGGUGGGUGGACUGCUCUAGAUGAGUUUCUGGUGAAGAAUGAUCCCUGUAGAGUAAAGGGACGCACAAACCUGAAGAUAAAGGAGAAGUAUCUCUCUCCAGACACUCUUAAGGCAUCAGGCCACAGAGGAAGUGCUAAAGGUCUGACUGUGAGCAGAUCCAACUCCAGUCUCAGUUUAUACAGCAGUGCCUCAGCUCCCAGCAGCCCCCUCAGCCGCAAGGCACUACUGCGCAGAAGUUUCUCAGGUGAGAGGUGUAUACGGCCCAGGAGCUCGAUUGCUGCAUUGGGAUCUGACUGUUUCUCUGCCGGAGGAGACGAUAACUCGCCUUCACCUUCAGAAGAGGCUGAGAGAGCACCCACAUGACCAUCUUCUGUCCCUCACACCAUGAGAGCAACCAAAAUGGAGUUCCUUACUUUUCUGAGGCCCGGAUCGACGGAAAGGCCAAAACUGCAGGCCUUAAUCCAGCAAGACAUGUGUCCUCCUCCUGCCAGUGAUCUUAUGUGUGUCUGGACCAACAAUCAAAUAUUAUGCCAGGUUUUGUUCUUACUAUUAUGCCAUUGAACUGUUCUGACCCACAGACUUUUUUUAAUGAUGGUCUUAAUAGUAAUGAGAGACCACCAGAAUGUUUUGCAUGGGUUUGAAAAGCACGUCUACAAUUUAUUUAGUGCUUUAAAUAAGAUAUAUGCACAGAGGUCGUUAUAUUCUACAGUUUCUUGGUGUGAGGGUGAGUUUUUUAUCUUACUCUGCAUUGCCACAGUAUAAGUAAGGCCACUGCCUUUUUAUAUUAGUUUAUUUAACCAACCUUUUCAUAAUUAAGUUUUCAAACACACACAUACAUAUGAAUAAAGAUAAAAGACAUCCCACAGAUGGUGAUGCAAACCAAAAAAACUAAAAAAUCUAAGACUUUCUAAUGUAGGCUUUAGAAAGCACUUUAUAUAAAGCACUGGUUUAGAGGUCAAUUCUAUUGUUUUUUUGAAGUGUGGCUGUAAUAUACUCAGAUUUGGAGUACCAGACUAUUUCAAGGUGUAAUCCAGAGAAUGCAUUUAAAGACCCCAUGUAAUCAAAAUUGGAGUUUUGUGGCUUUUUAUUUAAAAAAAAAAAAUAAAUCCUUUAACAGGUUCUUCACACUUUUUAGUCUUUUGGGAAAUCAAUUCAAAAAUAUUGAUGAUUCAUCUUGCACUUGUGGGCACACUCACAUUUUGACAAUAAAAGGCUUUCUUGAAAGAAAAUGUCCCUCCCUAAUGCCAACUUCUGACUAGUGAUAGCAUGUAAUUAGUCAUGGUUCAUGGCUGUGAUGCAGACUUAAGGCUUUUGGAUAUAAAAAAUUGUCAUGCCUUUCAAUAUGUCCCACAACAAGAAUAAUACAUUUUCAAUAAUAAACAUGUCAACUUAACCCUUUCGCACAUGAGUUUCUCCUGUACAGAUCCCCCAUCGUGAGAUCUUUAAUCAGAAUCACUGGAGGAUAGAUUAUAUAUUAUCAAAGAUCUAACCUGAUUUUUAGAUGUUGAUAAUGAUUUAUUAUGAUUGAUAAGAUGUGAUCGUGAAUGUGCUUGCUGGCUAAGUGUGGCGCUAUAUUGUUUACAUGCAAUGCAGCAUAGGAUUCUGAGUCCGUCAAGACAAGAAGGUUCUAAAAGCCUAGCCCUUCCACUUUCCCAGCACCGGGAGUGGUUAGAAUGAGUGACGGAUGGAAUGGGAGAAGGCUCGAGUGGACUGACUAGUUUGUAUAUUCUUUGGUUGACGUUAGAAAAUAUUAUGCAGCGCUGCGUCAAAACAAUGGUAACGGAUUUAAAGUUUUAUUUAGUGAUUGUUUGAAUGUUUGUAACAUAUAAAAAUAAAGAUUUUGUGAUGUUGAAAAGACUAUUUGAGCAGCUGGUUCAUAAUGACAUCCGCUACAGUCCCUCUUUUACUGGUAAACAGCAGCACAAAUGCAGAUUUGAUCAUAUUUGUCUGAGCCCAGACUAGUGUAAUCACACCUGUUUGAUUGUACUUGCGAAAGGGUUAAAAAACUCAUCAAUCGAUUUCAUGGGGGCUUUAAUUUAAGACUUCGCUAAUUCCAUUUCAUUGUGAGAUUUGACUUAUUUGUUUCCUUUCUUUUACGUCCCAAUGUCAGUAAAAUGUACUGUAUUUUAGUGUAAUAUCAUAGUAACUUGUAGGAUUUUCUUUUUUAAAUUCUUCCCAAAAUAUUUUUUUUAUAUUAUUUUAUUUUCAGCAAUCAUGCGAUCUGUUCUAAUAACUUCCUGUGAGGAUAUGAAAGUGUAGGUCUCUGUGAGAUUAGCCUGACAUAAUACACCUUGGCAAAUGCUCCUUUUUCAGUUCCAACUGUUUUUUUAUUCGAUUUUUUUACUUUUACUGUUUUCGAUCCAAACGAAUCCACAUUGAUAUGACAUGCUUUUGUAUUGUGUUCUGCUCAGGGCAAAAUCUGCUGUAUACAUAUUUGCUCAAACAUUUUGUUGAUCAUCUUGGGUUGAAUUAUUGUACUAUUGUACAAGUGUUAUGGUAGUAGCAUUGAUUCAAAUUACAUAUCAAAUAUGUGUGUCUUUUAAUUUAAUGCAUAAGCAGUUUGAAAUGGAUUUUGAGAGUUUACAGCAUGUGAUGGGUGACUUAUCCAUUGAUUGAGUAUAUUGUCUGUUGUGUUGUCCUAACUGAGAAUCCUCAGAUGAAGAAAUUUAGAGAAAUUCGAAAAAACUCUGUCAACAUUUACUCAGUGUCAUGUCGUUCCAAACCUGUAUGUUGUUAUUUUUUUCUUGUAUUUAAAGAAUAAACAAUCGCGCCUUCUGAAGCCAUGCAUUUCAAAUAGAAUUCCCACACAUUUCCAUGACCUUCCCAGGCAUUUGUGGUUACUGGAAAUGUUUUUUUGUUAGUAAAAAGUAAAAGUAAUUCAAACUGAUUAGCUAAUGAAUCUUUCAGACCAAUUUGUGAACCAUUUUGACGUAUUUAUUAACAAGAACUUACUCAAAAGAACAAUUUGUUCUCAAAUCACUGUGGCUUGCAAGCAGGUUUUACUCUACACAAGAGCAUUAUGUUGUUGAUGAGACAUUUUUAGAGCAGAGGAAAACUAGACUCACUAUAAAAAUGCUUAUUCAACUUUUUUUUUUUUUGUACUUUUCAAGGCCUGGAAAUCACCAUUUUAAAAUUCCCUUUUAUAUUUCCAGGUUUUCCAUGACAGAUAGCGUAUGGCCUCAAUGAUAUCAAUCCUAGUGUGUUACUUCGGCGCAUCUUUUUUAAAACUGAUCACAAAUAAGAUUUCAAAGCUUUGGUGGAGGGGAAGAUUAUCAAUGAAUAACAACUAACACUUUGUUUUUGUUUUUUUUGUUUUUACACAAAGCAACUGUAUGGCUUCAGAAGACACAUAUAAUGCACACAUUUUAUGGGUACUUUUAAGGUGUGAUUUGUCAUUUUUGGAGUUUGACUACAGUAUGAGGUCACUAUGAACUGUCGUUGUAUGGAAAAGCGCUGCAAAAAAUUCUUCAAAAUGUAUCCCUUUGUGAUCCUCAAAAAAACUAAAUGAAAUGGAAUGACAAGAGGGUGAGUUAAUAAUAACAAAAUGUAAAGUUUAUGUGAGCUCUUCCUUUAAUAUUGAAAAACUUCUAAAAUAAUUAGAAUAAAAGUAAUAUAGCCAAUAUUGGACACAUAUAUUUUCAAGUUAUGGUGAUCAGUGUUAUUAUUUAGAAGUGAUCAAGGAAUGCCAGUGUCUGUAGUCAGCUGGACUCUAAAUGACAAUCUAUACAAACCCCAAAAACCCAUUUGACACUCAAAAUCCAUUUCAUUGCAGUAGAUGCUGUAGCACUGUCAGGACAGGUAAUCGCCUCACCUGUUUGUCUGUGAUCAUCCAUGUCAUUCACAAAUGACCUUAUAAAUGCUGGUUUAAGUCAUUUCUUCAACAGAUAUCCUCUUCUGCUAUGCACCUAUUAUGCACUGUAAAUCUCUGAUCCUGUUAAUAAUGUUACGGUCAGAAGCAUUACUGCUUAUUUACUAUACUGUAUGUCUCUGAUCAUGUAAAAUAUGGUUACUAGAUCUCUUUUGAGUGCUGCAUUACUUUUAGGUAUAGUAGAGGAAUGU